AAAACCAAAGUAAUUGUCUAAUUACUUUCGACACUCAAUUGAAAACCGCUCCAUACCAUGCCAUAGGAAUUACAGUGGCCAAUACAAUCAAGACGACAUACGCGUAGUGCACGAUGGGAAGGUUAGGUGUACUGUACAUGUACUACCGUCGAGUGUACAAAAGCUUUCCUGUAUGCUGAUUGGCUGUAUUUUCUAUGCCAUGGUGUAACCGCAUACUUGAAUUGGUCAAUAUUCAGUUCAUCGUUGCUUUUACCGAGUGGAAUUUAUAUUUCUCUCCUAUCAAUUAAAUCUCAGACCAUUUCAAUUCGUCUCAAAUCUCUGUUAUCAGUUUUAAAAAUGCGUUAUUUUCCUAGCUGACCUGUAUACCACACAAUACUCACAGACCCUAGUUCCCAGCCUUGUCUGUUGCUGUGGUAAAGGCGUGGUUACAAAAGAAAAAAUGGCGGAAAAUUGGAAAAAGAUGCCGCUUGAUAAUAAACGAGAGUCUUGAAUGCACUUGUACCACGGUAUGGUGUUAUCAUGAGCGCGCAACCCUCAGUUCGUGUGUUGACUAGGUUAUGGCAUUGCGGACGUGUUUUUCGAAGACAGUGUGGGUGGCGAAUUCGCGGAAUCCAUCGUCGUGUUGUUGUCACUGGUCUGGGUCUGAUUACUCCUCUUGGAAUUGGUACAGAUAGAGUUUGGGAAAAUUUAGUGCAAGGAAAAUGCGGAAUAACAAAAAUACACAGGGAAGAUUUUAAAGGGAUUCCUGCACAAAUAGCUGCAUUUGUGCCAAGAGGUACAAAUCCAGGAGAAUUCAAUGAGAAACACUGGGAAAAGGAACUUAAAGUGGAUAGACGGAGCACCACAACAGAAGGCCUGUUUUCCAUUGUAGCUGCACAUGAGGCUUUUGAAGAUUGUAAUUGGAGACCAACUACGCAGCAACAGAAAGAAAGAACUGGUGUGUCUGUUGGAAUUGGAAUGACUGGCUUAAUGGACACGCUGGAAUCUGGAGAGGCACUUUACAAACAGGGAUAUCGCAAAGUGAGUCCAUUUUAUGUGCCGAGAGUUCUCCUGAAUUUGCCGGCAGGAGUUGUCAGCAUGGCCUUUGGCCUUCAAGGUCCAAACCACGCUGUAUCCACUGCUUGUGCGGCCAGUGCCCAUGCUAUUGGCGAUGCUUUUAGAAUGAUCCGUUAUGGAGACGCUGAUGUGAUGGUUGCAGGUGGAGUGGAAUCCUGCAUCAUGCCACUGUCCAUGGCAGGCUUCUGCAAAAUGCGCGCGCUCACCACCAAGUUCAAUGACCUUCCGCAGGAGGCAUCGCGGCCGUUUGACCGUCGGAGAUCUGGGUUUGUAAUGGGCGAAGGAGCAGGAAUCAUGAUUUUAGAGGAAUAUGAACACGCAGCCAGUCGUGAUGCUAGGAUUUACGCCGAACUUCUCGGUUACGGCCUGUCAGGAGAUGCUUAUCACAUAACAGCCCCAUCAGAGGGAGGGUACGGAGCAUAUUUAGCGAUGAAGAAUGCUCUCCGAGAUGCAGGGCUUAAACCAAAGGAUAUCCAUUACAUCAACGCACAUGCGACAUCUACUCCACUGGGAGAUGCUGGCGAGAACAAUGCCAUCAAAACAUUACUUGAAAGUCACUCCAAAAAUGUUCAAGUUUCCUCCACAAAAGGAGCUACUGGUCAUCUUUUAGGAGCGGCGGGCGCUGUUGAAGCUAUUUUUACGGUGCUUAGUGUCUACAAGGGCGUGGCAUCUCCUACAUUAAACCUUCACAACGUGGACUCAGAAGAGGAGUUUAACAUGAACUACGUUCCUCUCACGUCCCAGCAAUUUCACUCUCCUGAGCCGAGAACAGCACUGACGAACUCGUUCGGCUUCGGUGGCACAAACGCUUCACUGUGUUUCAGACAGUUCGUGCCUUCGUGAAAAUCUCCGGAGAGCUUCCAAUGAUGGUAUUACCCAAUCACAAAUACUUGAAAAAACUGUUCCUCGAGGUCAGUAAAAUGAAUCAGGUGGAGUCUCUCCAAGAAAAAAAAAAAGAGAAAGAAAAGAGAAGGAUUACAACGAUUGUGCUGGAUGUGUUCCUCUAUGGACUGUAAUCUUGUAAUCUUUAUUAGACCGUCUGUAAAAUGGACAAUCGGAUGUGAAAGAAAUGGUUUAAGUGCCCUUAUUUUAGGAGUUACAAUGGAAAUAAACAUCAAACUAAUCCUAUGCAAGUGUCUUGCAAAUUUCUUUUUUAAUAAGUGUCGUUGCCUGUCGUGCUCGAUUGUCUUCUGAAGUCCAUUUCUUUUCAGUCUGUUUACUUUGCUUGUUUGCUGUCGUUAACUAUUCAAUUUUCCAAUGAAUCUGAUGAAAUUAUUGAUUUCUUCGCGCCAGUCCAGCGGGGCACCAUUUAUUCCUUUCAUUCAUUGUGUAAUUGCAAAUUGAUUGGAGUCCUGCAGCAAAUAAAAAGUGCAAAGCUUUUCGCCAGGCGAUAAUUACCUAUCACCAUUAAUUAUGGUUGCUAUUUCUUGAUUACGUUUUCGUAUUUAGGGGAAGUCGGAAAUACCGACUGCACUAUAUUUAUAAUAUAAUUUUUCGCAGUUUUCCUCUCUUCGCGUGUGGUUUGUUUUCCUUCUCUUCUUAAUCAAUCUUUCACUUACAAUCGCCGGAUUGGCAAACCUGAUCUCUAAUUUCACUCCAAAGUUGUGCUUUAUAAGAAAUGUCAAAUGUUUACAUGACCAAUAUGUCACACUAAUCCACUGAAAGGCUAAAUGCGAUAUUAAAACUGGUGAAUAUUGCCAUGCAGGUUUAUAAGAAAUGACAUUAGCUUACUCAAAAUGUUUGCGGAGCAAGUUGUUGAAAAGAGUAGCGGUUUUAUCAAGACGUUAGGAAAGAAAUAAUUCCCAGAUCCUUUUUGGUAAAUUUAAAAACUCUAUAGCGCUGUUCUCGACUAUUUUAUUAAUAUUUUCGUUGGCUAGUUAUUGCGUUAUGCGGUGUUUGUCCAGAAGAAAAAUAUUUACUGAGAUGAAUUUGUUUCGUUUAAUUGAAACGUGGGAAAGUUGCUUAGCAUUGGUUCCCUCAGAUUCCCGAAACGACUGGCGUGUAUUCUUUUUGAAGAGGGUAUUCUGUGGCGGGAUGAUUAUAUUUGUAGAGAGAUACGUGUUUAUAAGCAGGUUUCAACCGCAAAUGGCACUGUAUAAUAGGCAAACACCUGAAAUUCAGACAGGUUUUAACCACAAAAUAUUAAAUUAUUAAUGAGCAUGCCAUUUUUGUGCCCAAAAACCUUGCACGUCCAAAUUCACACUUUUUAAUCACCUUUCUUUUGAACAGAGGUACUUCAUUCAUUGGUAGAACCAAGUGACUGGAAUUCCUUCCAUUCAGACUGAUCAUUACUUUAUAGUCCUGCAGCCCACAAGUUGUAAUUAGGGAAAUUUUGGUGUCUAGACGCGAACAUAGAGGGUCUCAUCCUUGUGCAAACGGGAGGGUAGAUAACGGGUCUAAAUGUCAUUGUCUGGUGGAAUUGCAUUGCGGCAAAAAAAAAUCAACACUGGGUAUGAUAGCUGCAUUUGCAUUCACUAGCGUGCACUUUUAUGAACAUCUUCCUGUUGAUUAUCUGUUGAAAUAAUAUCUUGAAAUGUGAUUUCUCGUGAACAAAGCCUUUGGUAACAAGUGCACUUCUCCGCAGAGAAUUGAGUAACAAGAACUGUCAACAACUCAGUUUUAUUGUUUAAAGGAAUUUCGCCCACACUGUAAGAUUUUGGAUUGUGACGCAAUUCAUUCGGAAUCGAUUGGAAUCGUGGAAAUAACUGCUGGUUUUUGGCCGUGUAUCACCGUAUACCGGAGGAAUAUUUUGUUUACCUAACGCUACUGAAUAACAUAAAGUGAAUAUCUGGACUUAUGGAACGACCACUGAGCCUCGUCUUUACGUUUCAAGAGGCAACAUGAAAGAGUUCAAGCCAUGGAAUUUGACUACACGAGGUAAGGGAGACUUUCAUUUUCUUCCAACGAUCACAAAAAUGCUGGUUAGCUUUACUGCGUUUGUAGUCUCCUCGCUUGUACGCGUAAAGCGACUUAACAUGCAAUGUUUGUACUCGUGAACUACCUGUAUUAGUUUACAAGCUACAAAUCGUACGAAAGGUAGCUCGGUUUUUCCGGUUGGAGGUGCUUGCUUCGCGCGAACGAUGCGAGACACCGGAGUGAACCGUUGCGGCUGCAUAUAAAAGGAUACCUGUUACUAAACUUUAGUAAUGAAUUUUUAUGUUUAAAAAUAGGCAAUACAACUGGUUAUAAUUUCUACGAUCAUUUCUUUUACACUAGAAGAUUAUAUUUAAUGUGAUUUUAAAAGCGAAGUACCUGCAGCGAACUUCUCUAGUCCUGAUAAGAAAACAUUCUCGCAGCAAGGAUAAGUUAAUUAAAGAAACGAUUGAUAGCGUUGCGUGUAAAAUUUUUGACGGCAACUCGGGAUCAUGCAACAUGUUGUGUACAUUUGUUCGUGUUAAUCCUUUUUACAAGAGUUACGAAUGUCAUUCGUGUAAUAUCGAAACGUUGGCAUUUUUCUGGACCGAACUUGAAUUUGGAAAUAUUGCCGAUUUUGAGACCCGGAGAAAAAAAUGCUCUGAGCGGAAAAUAAACAAAUAUAACAUUUGUUCCUUCACGGACACGGCGCCAAUCGAAACGGCGACGCAAAUUUAAUUUUCACGUACUGAAAUAUAAUGUCGUCAAGGAAUGCUAAAUUUUCUUUACGCUUUUUUUUUGCCAGAUUACAGCACUGAGUAAAUUAAGUUUAGUUUAGUUUAAUUCAUAUUAAAAUGCAGCGAGUUUAUUAAAAUAACCUUGAAUUAAAUUAGGAUAACUACUGUGUUUCCCAAUACUGGCGCAGUGCCGUGUUUGUUUGGUGCCAGGUAAUAAAUAGACUGAUACAUGAAACAAAACUAUCGCCGUCGAAAUCUGUAGAUGGUUAACUAGUUGAGCUGAUAUUUUUCGCGCUAAUUGUUUCUGCGCAUCCUUACUGCGCACGCAAAUUCACACUCCACGUCAUGCAUGAGCGCGCAAUGAUAAACAAUGAUAGGGCAGAUGGCCAUUGCUACAGCUUUGCCAGGAUUUAACGACCUCGAACAUCCAGUGACCCCUAUUUUUCUUUUGAUAGACCAUUUUCUCUACCGAUUUUCUACGUUAAGUGAAAAAAUGAAGAAAAUCUGUCGAUCAGAAGUUUGAAUUUUUUGCAAAAUAUACCAUCGAAUUCAGCUCUUCGUUUAUUUGUGCAAAGGUUCCAAAUGUCUUUUCAUUUCGAGGAAACAACGGGAUAUGUAAAUGUAUGCUGCAUCUGGAAUAGUUUACUCUUAAUCCAAACAUGAACAAAAUUCUGAAAAUAAAUAGAUCACAGAAAAGAAACAAAAAACAAAAACAAAAACAAAGAUAUCACGCAUUUAAGGACAUUUAAGAACGGACCAUUAGAAAUGUGAUGAGGGGUGGGACUUUUUCAGAUUGCAGGAAUUUCUUUUCACGUCCACUGCCUCUGUAGGAUUCUUUUUUGGGGGCAAGUCCCCUGCACGAAUUAUUAUUAU